AUGGACGAUCAGUGUUGUUAUGUGUGCAAUGAAUGUCCGAAUUCUUAUACAACUCUCGACGAACUCGAGACACAUAUGGAUGCAGCACAUGCAGGAGUGAACACUAGUGGCGAUAAUAACAGCAAUAAUAGCACUACUAGUAAUGAUAAGGACAAUCGCAAUGGAACAUCNUUACCUGAGGCACUGCUCACCCAACAACUACAACAGAAGCAGCAACAAAGCGACGAUGAGAAACAGUCGUUGCCCGACGAGAGCAAAGACGAUAACAUGGACCAUGAUGGAAAUGAACCAGAAAGUGGAGGAAAUUCACCGAGUAGUUCGGAUGUAUCGAAUUUCGACGGUGGCAUUGAUGGUGGUGGGGCGUAUGGUCUGGACGAGUCGAUGAACGGCGAGGAGGGAAAGGGAUUCGGAUGCAGAUUCUGCCCGAAAAUCUUUGAGGAACGAUCACAGGUGCGCUUUUGUUGGGUGAUUGUCCAAUUCAUCAUGGAAUUGGUUGCGAUCAGUCGUGAUUAUGAUCGUUUCGUCUAG